GACUGCCGCAGCCGCUGUGGCCCUGAAGAGCUCCCAGCGCGCGGAACGCGUCGCCGACGGGAGUUGGUUGAGGCCACCCGACAUAUGCCCUUGCGCGCCGCGCGGGCCCGGCAGCCAUGGGGCGCGCCGCUGGCCGCGCUGGGCAUCUCGCGCGCCCUGGCCGAGCCGCCGCCUGCCGCGCUGGGCAUUCACGGCGGCGGCGACCACGCGGCGGUGGCGAGCGCGGGUUGCGGACGCCCGCUGCCGCGCGGCGUGCGGAGGGGUAGCUUGUCUGGCGUGCUCAACCUGGCUUUCGAGGAUCCGCUCCACCCUGUCGGACGCCGCCAGUACGCACUCUACGUGCCCAAGGCUUACAACCCAGAUUCUCCCAUGCCGCUCUUGCUGGAUUUUCACGGCUUCUACGACGACGAUGAUAGCGAGGCUCACGAGGACGGUGUGCACUGGACCGCCGAGCUGGAAGGAUUCGCUGUCGCGUACCCCAACGGACUGGCGGACAACCCAGACGACCCCUCGGAUUGGUGGAACUCGUGGAACGGCGGAGGCACGAGUGGGAGCGACGCCGGCUUGUACGGCCAGACUUGCAUUAAAGAUCACAGUAAGUAUCCGUGUUACCGCAGCUGCGCCCGCGCGGGCGUGUGCAAGAUUAACGAGGGCAUGCGGCGAGAUUGCGGGUGUUCGGGCUGCGCUGAUGACGUCGGUUUCGUGAGUGCGUUGUUGACGCACUUGAAAAACGAGCUCUGCUUGGAUACGGAGCGCAUCCACGGCACAGGCAUGUCGAACGGGGCUAUUUUCUUAUACUAUCUUGCCACAACAGCGUCGGUUGGGCCCCAGUUGGCGUCCAUAGUUCCCGUGGAGGGCUCCUUCAUUCUCGGCUUCCUCGACCCGCCAAAGGUGCCGAUGCCCGUGAUAGACAUCCACGGGAUUCGCGACGAUUGUGUGCCCGCCAAUGUGUCCAAUUCGUGGGGGAAGUAUAAGAGGACGGGAUGCCCAGUCGACAGAGCCGGCCGCAACGGGUGCACUGUCGGCGACGACGGAUGGUUGUACCACCCCGUCCACGAGAUCAUGGCACGUUGGGCGACCGCGAACGGGUGCCCCGCCGACGGGAAGCCGACGCAGGCACCCACGCGCCAUGAUGGGAAACGGGGUGGUCGUGCGUGA